AGAAUAAUUUUUUAAUUAUGUCGUAAUUGAUUAAAUUUAUUUUAAUUUUUUUUAGAUGGCUCCUAGGAGAAAAUCAGCAGCACCUAGUUAUGCCCAGUUGUUUGGCGAUGGUUCCGGUACAUCUUCUUCCGGUCCAUCGUCUUCCGAUGCAGUUCCAGGCUCUCAGCCUUCUCAGAGAGUUGCUUGGAGUCCUCCUCCUCCACCGCAGAUGCCUCCACCUCCUCCUCCAGCGGCUGCACCUCAGCCUGUCCCAGAAGGUGCAGUUCAUCCAGAUUUGUGUGUUCCUUCAUAUGCCCCAUUCGCGAGAUAUACGGUGGAGGAUUUGCUUGCCCAGCCUGGUCGGGAGGGUUUGGAUGUUCUAGACCCCGAGGAACUUAUUGGUAAGUUAUUAAUUUUUAUUACAUUAAAUUUAAAUUAUUUUUAUUUUCUAACGGUUAUAUUUUUUUUUUUUAGGUUUGGGGCUAACAACCGUGUUAGCCAGAGCGUUUCGAAAACGAUUAAGGGUUAUUACGACGGGGCAUAUUCGAACUGGAGCAAGACACCAAAUCACAUUAAGAUCACUUGGUUUAAAUGUUUUGCGCAAAAGUGGCAUUGGUCUUUGGGAAUCACCGAGAGGGUGAAGGCGGAAUUCGUUGCAAAGGCAAAGAUCCGCCUCUGCAACACAGUCUCCGAUUGGAAGGACAAGUGGAAGAUCUACGGGUAUGAGGGAAAGCCCACUGAGCUCACGAAGGAUGUGUGGGAUGGCCUCAUCGCCUAUUGGCAGCACCCCUCUUCAAUCAAAAAGGCCAAUUCGUGCUCGGCUUCUCGAAGAACGAAGGAUAAAGAUGGUCAUUUGCCCAUGCUUCAUAGAACCGGACAAAAACCUCAUGCAUGAAUCCGUCUAGAAGCUGUAAGUUUUGUUUUAAAUAUUUAUUUUAAAAUUUUCA